AUGCCCAGUUAUGCCAAGUUCCUUAAAGACAUUUUGAGUAAGAAAAAGAAGCUAACUGAAUAUGAGACCGUAGCUCUUACCGAAGGAUGUAGUGCUCUUCUAACCAACAAAAUACCUCUUAAGCUUAAAGACCCAGGGAGUUUCACUAUUCCUUGUUUUAUAGGUGGAAAGGAGAUUGGUAAAGCUUUGUGUGAUUUAGGAGCUAGUAUCAACCUUAUGCCCUUGUCUGAUUUCAACACCUUAGGCAUAGGAGAGGCUAGACCCACCACUGUCACCUUGCAACUGGCCAAUAGAAACAUUGCUUAUUCUAAAGGCAAGAUUGAAGAUGUCUUAGUUCAGGUUGACAAAUUCAUAUUUCCGACUGACUUCAGCAUCCUGGAUUUUGAAGCUGAUAAGGAUAUUCCCAUAAUCUUAGGAAGACCUUUCUUAGCCACUGGUUGA